AAUUUGCAUCUGCAUACUCUUACUUAACAAAGGAGAACACUGAGAGGAUUUAAACUCUUAGUUAAGAAUAUCAAAUAGCUUCCAGACAUCAAAGAUAUCAACCUACCCAUUCAGAUACAAUAUGAAAGUUACAAUUGUUUCUCCAGCCACUGCGAUGGUAGUAAUAUUAGGGAUAAGUGCCAGCUUUGUGAAUGGAGGUGUGAAUUGGAAACAGGAAUUUUCAAAAUGUGACAAUAGUCUCACUGAUGUAAAAGCACAACUGGCACAAUGUAAAAAGCAGCAAGGGCCUAAAAAAGAGUGUCCAUUGGGGUUUUCUUUAAAUCAGACAUUUGGCUCUUGCUACAAUUUUGUUACACAAGAAAAAAUGAAUUGGAUAAAUGCUCUUUCAUUCUGCAAUGCUCAAGGAGCUAACCUGGUUGCCAUAGAAACACAGGAGGAGUUGACCUUCAUUCGAGAAGAAAUUAAGAGCAGAGGUUUUGCAUCUCCAGGAGAAUCUUCAGAUUCAUUCUACACAGGGGGUACAAGAAUUAAUGGUGAAUGGCAAUGGAUUGGUGGACCAUCUUGGCCAACAAAACCAAUGGAGUUUGCGCCAUGGUAUAUUAACGAAGGGUCAGAUGAAGAUGAGUUUUGCCACAUUCUCUGGUCUCCUUUUGAUCAUCUAUGGUCUGACUAUUGGUGCUUUCGCGACAACAUUUUCAAUUUCAUAUGCGAGAUCAAAAUUAACUAAGAUCCAUAAUAAUAAUUACUGACUGAGACAAAAUUUCACAGUUAAUUACACAUUAUCUUACUAUUAAAAGUUAUGAUUACAUUUUGAG